CCCGGAUUCCAAAAUCCGCCUCAAGCCCAACCUCAAGGUGGAGAUCUCGCAAAUAUCUUGGCGCAGUUCAUGACGACCACCCAAGCCUCCAUCCGAAAUUUGGAAACACAAAUGGGUCAACUUGCAACCCAGCUAACCGCGAGACCAUCGGGAGCACUGCCAUCAAACACGGAAGAUCCGCGGAAGAACAACGUCGAGCAAUGCAACGCUGUAAGUUUAAGGAACGGGAGACAAUUGGAGGAAGCCCCACGAAAGGAGAAGCAAAACACGGUAAUCGAGGAGCCAAAUGUGAUUGGGGAAAAAGAAGCAACUCGCAAGGAACCGCCAUCUCCCACAGUGAACUCGCGAGUCCCUCAAGUCCCAUAUCCUCAAAAACUUAAAAAGAAGAAGCUCGAUACCGAACACCAAGGAUUCUUGGACAAGCUGAAGGAAAUCCACAUCAACAUUCCGUUUAUCGAAGCCAUUCAAAAGAUGCCAAAGUGGGAUAAAUUGCAAGGGAACGAGAUCAUCCAACUCACGGAGCAAUGCAGUGAAAUUCUUGUACGGCCCCUUCCACAAAAACUCGGCGACCCAGGUAAGUUCACUAUCCCUUGCACUAUUGGAGGUAAAAAUUUUAGCGCUAAUAAAAAUCCAUGUGAUAAUAAUGAUUGUUAUGCUAUUGAUCUUGUGGAUUUUACAAAUCAUGACGAUUUUGACGUUUUGAUCUUAGACCAUGGGAAAGGAUCUUUGAGUGCAGGAGAUGGUGGCGGAAAAAAUAGUCGGACGGAGCAAGUUUAUUGUGCGAGCUCAAUUUCAACUCCGCCGAGAGACACUCAAAAGAGUUGGGGGGGUGAUAACAAUGAUGAACGUGCAAGGUGGAUGUGGCCACCUAAAGAACCAAACGAGCAUUAUUGGGGAGAGGAAUUCAAUCGCCAACGUCGUUCUCAAAUCCCCACAAACCGCCGUUUUCAAAUUCCCAUCACGUCUUCUCUUCUUUUCUGGAAACGAAACUCAGUAAUAUCGGCUGCGAUGGCGGCGGCGAUGAAGGUGACGAAGGUGACGCUACAUCUCAACAACGACGAGGAAGACCUCUUUCUCUUUUUUCUCGAAUUGGGAAUCCGACGGAUGUGGGGCAAGGAGAGGAUGAAGCCUGCUCCAGAUCUCGACAACGACAAGGCGACGCCGCCAAAUCUAGGACGGACGGCAGCCUUCCGAUCUCCCCCUUUCCUUUUUGAGGGAUGA